GUGGGGGCGGUUCCGGGUCGGUGCUCGGCUCAAGUGUGCGGGGCGCCGCCAUCUUUGUGCGGGGCGGACGGCGAUGCCCAAGUCCUGCGCGGCGCCGCGGUGCAGCAAUCGCUACAGCAGCCGCUGCCGGCAUCUCACCUUCCACAGGUUCCCCCGGAGCCGGCCGGAGCUGCUGGCCCGCUGGGUGGGCAACCUGGGCCGCACGGACUUCCAGCCCAGCCGCCACGCAGUGCUCUGCUCGCAGCACUUCCAGCCCGACUGCUUCAGCCCUUGCGGCAACCGCGCCAACCUCCGGCCCGACGCCGUGCCUACGCUCUUCACCACCCCGCCCGCUGCCAACGUGAGCCUGCCUCCCCUGCCGGGCGGGUCUGGGCCGGACACCGCGGUUCCGUGCCUGGGGAGCCCUCAUGGUACCAGGCGAGGGCCCCAGCAAAUCGGGAAGGGGAAGAGUUCUCUGAAGGAUGCUGAGGAUCCCCCGUUGCCAAAAGACUGUACAGACAGUUGGAAGGACAGCGGACUGGAAGUAGAAGCUGUUCUUCAGGAGCCCCAGUCUACUACAGAGCAGCCAGUAAAGGAGGUUACUACAACAGAGGCAGCAGAAACAGAGGACAGGCAGCUGAAAUCCAGGCCCCUGAUGCAGAGGCACCACCCUCAGAGCUCAGAUCACAGCUAUGCCAUUGCUGAUUGCACUUCCUUGAAAAAAAAGCUCUUUCAAGCCCUGGAAGAAAAUGAAAAACUCCGAAAAUGCCUGAAAGUUAAAAGUGUAGAACUAAAAAGGAUACUUGUGCGGCUCCAAACUUGUAAAAAGGAGCACUGAGAACUCCAAGCUAACCAAGCUCCUGGAAGGGUGCUGGGCCUGACUUUCUAAACACUCUUCUACCUCCAAGAACAGCAGCUCAAGAGGCUGCUGCCUAGUGUGACUUUCCCAUGGGCUAGGGAAACCUCAUUGCUGUGGUUUCUCCUGGGCAUAGCUUGACAUUCACACAAAUCAUAACUGCCUGGUGGACAAGAGCUGAGAACUAGUGCCCACAGUCUGAGACAGAAAAAUCUGAACGCAUGAAAACCCAAACUUUUACAUCAUGCUUGAGUACUUGUAAUGUUAGUAUGGUUGUUAAAGGGAAAAGGAGAAAAUUGACAGGGUAACUAGGAGAUGCUACAAAAGUUUCCUUGGAUGCUGUUGCUUCUAGUAUGCCAUUUAAUUGAGGCUGAGAAGUGGGUAAUUUAGUGCUUCCUUAAGGCAUUUUUGCCUGUUAUUUUGAUAAGAGUUAAUAGUACUUAUUUUUCUCCCCUAUGUAACAUAUAGGUGGUCAGAAGCAUCUCACCUGUAAUCUUCCUGUAAAUGUAAAACAAAAAACAGUUGUGAACUAUUCUAAAGCUACAAAGCAGCUGAAGGGGUCAAAAAGCCAGUUUGUAAGUGGUAUUAGGGUUGUUCUAGUUCCCUUUUAUUCUGUAGGCUGUAAGAAAAGGGAUUUACUUUGACAGUAAAAAUUAUUUAAGCACAGUAAAACAUAAGGGUCAGCGUUGACUGUUUAUUACUUACAAACUUUAUGACUUUUUAUGUCUCCUUCUUAGUUCAAGUAUUGAAAUUUAUGUAUCUAGUGGUGGCAUUUUUCCUGUAAUUAACAAUAAAUGUGUUUAAUAAUUUUUGUACUUCUGAACAUUUCAUUUCCAGACAAUCCUUCUAUUAUGACUAAUAACUUUCAGUAGCAGAGCCUGGCUCCAAUCAGAUGUGGGUGAUGGUAAAAACAGUGAAAGAUGGCAAUUUUUGAGAGCUUAUGAGACAUAAAUGUUCAAACCUGCCCCCCCACCUCUUCUUAGAGACACAGGCCUUCUCCCUUGUUACUCAAUAACUUGCUGUACACAGGCCAGACUUAUAUUUAUAAAACAGAACUUGAAAGAGAAUCAAAUCAGGAAAAGGUUUAUUUGGACAAUCCAGCAUUUUCCGCUUCACCAGCUGACAAGGUAAAUGAAGUAUUUGGUGCCUAGAAAAUUAAGUCUGCAUCAAAAGGUACCUGGGGUAGUUUUUAACUAAGAUUCAUUCAAAACACAAAGUUUAUUGCAAAAUUAACAUGUAAAUAAAAUCUGUGGUGAUAAGUAAUGAGAACUCCUACAGCAGGAGCCAUUCACAAAUAACAAGGAGAUUUGUUUUUUUUUAAACCUGGUGACCAUCAUUGGAUUAUAAGAGUAGGCAGGGGAGAGACUUCCCAGCUUUUCUGGAACAGCUAUAAUGAACUGACUCUU